ACCCAGUACUUGCGGCGCAGUCAACAUGGCGGCUAGCCGGAGGGGGAGGAUUAACCGGCACUGAAGAUGACAGCAAUUGAGCACAGAAGUUGUCUUUGUUAAAGCCAGAAACAUGGAAGAGAAAGAUACAGAGCAUGGAUCUCAUGCAUUGGAAUAUGCUUUUGAUCUUCUGGAAGUUGGGUGUACAGGCACAAUUGAAAUCAUACCAGAAUCAUUCAAUAAGUCAUCAAAAAAGGAAUUAAAACCACUAACAACACUUCCAUGUGGUUUACCACCUUUGUUUGCACCAGAUCUAAAGACUGAUUUAGAAAAGUAUCUUCUGGAUCCUACUGUGCUGCCCAUCCAUGACUUUCAAAGAACACAGAGAUUUUGGCCACGUGAACAAGACCCAGAAAGUCUGUUGUUUUCAGAUGUGUGUCCUGUUCCAUCAACAUUAAAAGUAGAGAGAAAUCCAACAACAGGAGAACUUCUAGGCUAUAACGAGGUUAUGUUGACAGAUACAGGAUGUACAUCAAAAAAUUCCAUGUCACUUUUAAGACAACCUGGGCCCCUAUCAGCAUCAGUGAAGGGAGAGUCUACAAAUUACCCGUUUUUACCAGGUGGUAUGGAGACCUUGGAAACUACAAAACCAGGUCUGGUAUUCGAUGGUGAGCUGAACUUUGAGAAAGAUCUUCUGUCUGUGCCACCAGGCUUUAAAAAAGGUGCUAGAUUCACUGAAGAUAAGGAAGACCAAGAGAGAGAUUCCAUGGCACCUGUACCUCAAAUUGUGGCUAUGUCUGACAUCAUGGCUGGUACCACACUGGAAGACCUAGAGUACAGUGAUGAUGGUGAUGACCUGGAGACAGAUGAGGAAGACAUAGAUAAGCUUUCUGAUAAAAGCGAAUCUGUGAGUGAUCCAGAGGAUGGCACAGAGGGAAGUCUCCAAAGACAGGAUAGUCUUGAGAAAGUAUUGGUCGAGGGAAGCGAUUCAGAAAAGACACGUACUUCUUCAUCGUCAGUUACAGACAAACCCAUCAAAGAGGAGUGGGCUGUUAUGGUGAACGUCACAGAACCUGUCAAAGGUUUCCAUAAGCGAGUUCCUGAUAUGGCGCAUAAGUGGAAGUUUGAGCUGGACACGUUUCAAAAGCAGGCCGUGCUUUGUUUAGAAAAUAACGAAAGUGUUUUUGUUGCCGCUCAUACCUCAGCUGGAAAGACAGUGGUGGCAGAGUAUGCCAUUGCUUUGGCUAGUAAACACAUGACAAGGACAGUAUACACGUCACCAAUUAAAGCUUUGUCCAAUCAGAAGUUCCGCGAGUUCAAGGACACUUUUGAGGAUGUAGGUCUGCUGACAGGUGAUGUGCAGAUCAGACCUGAGGCGUCCUGUUUGAUUAUGACUACGGAAAUAUUGCGUUCCAUGUUAUACAAUGGUUCAGACGCCAUCAGAGACGUGGAGUGGGUGAUUUUUGAUGAAGUACAUUACAUAAACGAUGCAGAGAGAGGUGUCGUUUGGGAAGAAGUUCUCAUUAUGUUACCAGCGCAAGUCAAGAUCAUUCUGUUAUCUGCAACUGUACCUAACACGCUGGAAUUUGCCGACUGGAUUGGACGCACCAAGAAGAAAAAAAUCUACGUGAUAAGCACUCCCAAGCGCCCAGUCCCCUUACAACAUUUCCUAUACACAGGCAAUAGUAACAAGACAAGCAAUGAACUGUUUAUGAUCGUGGAUGCUGACGGUAAGUUUCUGACGCGCGGUUACGAAGCAGCUGUGGCAGCGAAGAAAGCGAGAGAGGGAAAAGGAAAGGAUGCAUAUGGCUCCAAAACUCACCAAACAACAAACAUUAAGGAGAUUAAAGAGAUGGUGGAAAUGCUGUUUGGACGAGGCUUGGUAAAGAUCCUCUUCGCCACUGAAACGUUUGCCAUGGGCGUCAACAUGCCGGCUCGUACAGUGGUGUUUGAUACAACCAGAAAGCACGAUGGGACAAGUUUUAGGGAUUUGCUGCCUGGUGAAUAUAUUCAGAUGGCUGGCCGAGCUGGCCGGAGAGGUCUGGACCCUACUGGGACUGUAAUCAUACUCUGCAAAGGGAACGUGCCGCUGAUGGCGGACUUACACAAGAUGAUGCUGGCGGCAAUACAUUCGUCUCCACAUGGUCAGCGGGCCCUCUCUCCAGGGCGCAUUGUCACGAUAACUACCGCUGAGCACAAGAACGCUUUAGCCGUCAUUUUGCAGGCAGGAAACACUUCUUCCAAAGGCCACUUGACCAUGCAGUCUCAAGUAGUGUCCAAUCCAACGGAAAGAAAAUUUGAAGUGUUAGUAAUAUGUGACCCAAAGGAAAACAAAGCAGAGGACAACGAAUUUAAUUCAACGAAAGAGAGUAAAGUAGACGCAUCAGAUAUGGACAAGGACGUGCAGCCUUUUAUAAAACAAAACUUAUUUUUACCCAAGGGACGAUGUUCUCACCAAAUUUUACAAGUGAAUGGAAAUGCUAUCACUGCUAUUUCUGUUCGUCAAAUGAAAGUUGAUACUGCAAAGAUAAUAGACGAUCAUAAAAAGAGAAUGCUGCCAAGAUUUAGGAAUGACUUACCAGGAAAAACUACUAUUAGUGCAGAGCAAGAACUGCUUAGAUUAUCCGAGGCUAAUCCCGAGGGACUGAGCACCAUGGAUCCUAUCAAAGACUUUAACAUCCGGGACAUUGACAUGGUGACGACAAUAGCGAGAAAACAAAGUCUUGAAGAACAAUUGGCAAACUUCGCAUGCUUGAACUGCCCCAAGUUUACAGAGCAUUUUGAAACAGUCGCCAAACAGAUGAAAUUACGAGAGCACGUGACCUUACUAAGAUAUUUAUUGUCCGACGAGAGUCUCCAACAUAGAGAGGAACUUCAGCAAAGAGUAGAGGUUUUACGUAAAUUACGUUACGUGGACGCGAAUAACGCUGUGCAGUUGAAGGGAAGAGUGGCGUGCGAAAUAAGUAACCAUGAACUGAUGAUCACAGAACUCGUGUUUGAAAAUGCUUUCACGAAUCUUCAUCCCACGGAGAUUGUGGCUUUGCUGUCUUGCUUUGUAUUCCAGCAGCGUCGAUGCAGCAAGCCAAAUUUAACCAAGACGUUAGAAGAGGGCAAGCAGUUCAUAUUACAAAUGGCAGAACAAAUCGCUGACCUGCAGUCUGAAUUCGGUCUGCCUACGUCUGUUGAAGAAUUUAAAGAGCAGUACAACUUUGGUCUGGUAGAGGCUGUGUUUGAAUGGGCAAGAGGAAUGCCUUUCUCUGAAAUAACCAACUUGACAGAUGUGCAGGAAGGGAUCAUUGUUCGCUGCAUUCAGCGAUUAGAUGAGACGUGUCGUGAUGUUAGAAAUGCCGCUCGCAUCAUCGGAGAUCCAAAGCUUGGAGAGAAGAUGGAGGAAGCGUCCGCUAUGAUCAAAAGAGAUAUCGUAUUCGCUGCAAGUCUGUACACGCAAUGAACUAGUGACCGGAAAUGGAAAGCAUCAGCAUCUUAUUAUGACUCAGCAGCAUCUGAGUCACAAUGAGAUGUUAUCCCGUAAAGAUUAAGUUCGAUUUUCAUCCAUUAGCGAAGAACGACCGUUUUCGCGGAACUGUAGGAUUGAGGUCACCCAUGUUGCUGGUCAACCUGGUUUUGACCUAGAAAAUUUCGUGACUUAAAAAGAGCUCAUUUAAACCGCCAUCAAACGAGUUGUUAAAACUAAUCUACUGAAAUUCUUUAGGUGCAUAUUUCGUAAAAUUUAAAUUAAAAGCUCGAGGCUGAAUAGUCCCAUCCUGAUUCAGGAACUGCUCUUUCAACGUUUUUAGACUUAGCGUAGACUAAACUUACAGGAUUUAACUAAGUCAGAGUGCACAUCUAAAUGCCUUUUUUUAUGACUAAACUUGCGUAACUCGUAACUCUUGGUUUAGAACAUGAUCUUUUAAGUCUUUUUAGACUUUGCUCAAAAUAAACAUACAAGUGUAAAUUAACUUAGAAUAAGCUUUAUAUUUUUCCAAAUGUCUUUUUAUCACUCAACUCACGCAACUCGAAAUGUGGUGAAAUUAGGAUUCUGGUGGUGUGUUUACUCACUAAGAUUUGAAUCCAAAUCACUCUAAAACCGGUCAAACCGGAUGGAACAACUUAACGUUCUCCUCACUGUGGUACGUGAUUUAUAUGGUCUUGAAUACCCCAGACAACCCUUCCCCCGAGUUACCCUGGUCGAGCUAUCUCUUCAUUUAUUUCUCUGAAAUAUUCAACCAAUGUCUAAAUGAAAAUGGUGAACUCGUCUCUGGGGCGAGACAGCUCGGGAUGGCGAGUUGUCCCGCCUCGGGUCAUCCUUUUCCCAUCUAAACACUUCGGCUCGCCUGCCCGAGACGAGGCGGCUCAAAUUUUAUUUGAUAUAUAACCUGCCCAGCUGUCACCAGAGAGAAUAGCGAGGCUACAACUGUUACCACUCACAACUUCCAAAUGAACGCUGCUUAAAGUUGUCUUGAAGGGGAGGGUUGUUUUGGGAACCCGAGACCAUGUAAAUAAAGCUUUGGAGUUAGGAAUCAAAAAAUGAAAUUAUGAUGAAUGAGGUAUCCAAAUAAAAUUGAUAUAAUUCAA